UCUGUGCUAUCUAAUCUGUCUGAAUGUCAAACUUGUUUUGCCUGAAAACACCGAGUGAACAAAAUAUUUGUUUAAAAGUGUUUAUUUUCAGCAAUUAAACAGGCAGUUCACUAUGUUGCGACAGACGUGCAGCUGGGUUACUUCGCCGCUGGCAGUCGGACUCCUGCUGAAGGCGUGUGGUAAUGCUGAUCCAGCUUACGAUAAGUUUAUUCAGUUAAGUAAACAACUUACCAAGAAAGAUGGAAAUACAAUCAACAGUAAAAUAUUCGUAUCUUCAUCAUCAGAAGAAACCACCAAACAUGGCGAAUUUGAUAGUCAAAGAAUCGAUUUUCGGGACAGUGCAGAAAGGAAUGCUAUUAACGACUGGAUAAAUGAACACGCUCUUGAAGAAAUGAUGGACUCCAAAAAUACAAUUUUUCCUAAGGACACGUUAAUAGUUCUGAUGAAUAUUCAUAGAUUUAAGGAUACGUGGGUAGGUCACAUCGGUGGAUCACCAUCUAUGAAAGUGUACAACUCAUUCAAUUACACUCAGGACGUCAAAUAUGAAACGAGGCUGCUAGAACUCCCAACGUCAGGGAACUUCAAACUAGUUCUGCUUGUUCCAAACGAGAUGGAUGUAUUACACGAACUGUUCUCAACGCUAUGCAAUGAAAGUCUCGAGGCCGCUACCAACUGCCUCCAACCUAUGUUCGCUACGACGACGAAGUUAGAAGCACCCAGCAUCAAUAUCUGCUCGAAGAUUACAAGAGAACAGGAAUUUAUUAUCAACGGCGUUACUGCUACUGGCCAAUACUUCGGCAAUUUAAAAAUCAAUGAAAAUGAAGUUAACAUCAAUGUUUUAACAUGUUUAUAUUCGACAUCGGAACCUUCAACGUCGAAUGAAACUGGUGGGAAAGUUUUAAUAUCACAAGAACAACCAAGCUUUUAUUUCGCCUUGUGUUUUAAAGAUACACCGAUAUUCAUUGGACAAUAUUACCCAUCAUAAGCUAGUAAAACUUAAAGGUUUCGGUUAAGUUAAAAAAAAUAAAGCCAUUUGUCAUAAUUUA